UCUCUCUCUCUCUCUCUAUUUUAAGUUACUAAGGUAACCUCAGUUUAUUAGGAAUUUUCAAUUUACAAUUCAUCUUAUGUAAAUCAGUUUAUCGUGAAAUUUAAUCAUCUACAAUUAUACAUUUACAUCAUCUUCUGUUCAAGGGAAUAUUUCUUAAUUAAGUUUGGUUAUUGAUAUGUUUCAAUGAAUCAAAUGUUUUUGUAUUACAAGUCACCUGUGUGUUUGCAUUUUUUCACAUCACAAACCUGUGAAUAGCAUCUGUGAGUUGUGUAUGUUAUCAUGAAUAACAACAGUUCUUAAUGUGACAAAAAGUAUAUUAUUGUGUCUCUAUCUUUCAAUUUUGUGCCAUCAAAUAAAUCGAAGCUGGAAAGAUAUCAACACUAAUUCAAUCUAACCCUUAAAGCAACUCAUACCACUUGUUGCCAAAGUUCAUUGCUCACAAGAGUUCAAAUCAAAAUGGUUUACAUGUCAGAUGCUCGGCUUUCAGCAUUCGCUUCACUUGCUCUUGGUUUUAUCACUAGUUUAAUAGCUUUCUGUACACCUUAUUGGCUUGCUUCUGAUCGUCGUUAUUAUGGUGAUGAAUUUGAUAAGUUAGGUCUUUGGGAGACCUGUUUUCGGAGUAUUAAAAAUCCCACUGAUUUCCAGCAUUUCAAGUAUUAUUCGGGAUGUCGAUGGGUAUUCUCAUAUGAAUAUGUCGAUGGUCAAACUAAUUUGCGUGAUUUUCUAUUACCUGCCUUUUUCGUCGCCACCCAAACAUUAUACACUUUUGGUUUUGUAUUCCUGUUGUUAGCAGCCAUUGGUGUUUUAGCGAUUCAAUUAUGCUUUGUGAUAGACAAAGAAAUGCAUGCCAUGAAAGCUUUAUCUAUAAUUAUGUUUCUCUCAGCUCUAUUCUGUACCACCGCUUGUAUAAUUUUUGGUAUAAAAGGAGAUGAUAGAGAUUGGAUGCCCGAUCCUGAACACAAUUAUUUAUCUUGGUCAUUUGCUUUAGCGGUUGUUGGAUGCUUCUUCCAAUGGGUAUCUUCAAUCUUAUUUUGGGUUGAAAAUCGUAUUCUAAUCAAAAAGGAAGCCAAAAAGCACUCUAAUUCUUAUACUUUGGAGUCAACAUCAAUCAAAUAUUGAUCAAAUACAUUGAUCAUAUUUUUUUCAAAGUAUUCAUCAGGCAUCAGAAAACUACGUUUAAGAAAGCUACAAAUACAACAUUCCAUGUUUACAACGGAAUUGAAUCCAUCCAAUCUCAUAAAAGAAUCUCAUAAUAUGUUAACUAUAGUUAACACAUCUCUCAAGUUGCCUAUCUUAAAACAAUCUUUGACUAAAAAGUGCUGGAAAUCUUAAAUUCUGAAAUCGUCCAUUCCUAUUGACAAUCGCCUCAAUCUCACACAUACAACUACACACAAAUAUUUGCCUAACUACUAAACCGUCCAUUUGCUUAUUUAACUAUAAAUUAAUUGCUACAAUAUUGUACAAUGCUUGUCCAACAAAGAUGCUUAUGUGACAUUUUCUUGUUAUUAAACUUUUAUUUGAUAAAAAGAAA